UUGGGAUACAGCAAGUUUAGUAUAACUUCACAGCUUCACUGAGAAACAACAAAUAGAAAAAUAAAAAAAAACUUGAAAAAGAAAAACACUUUCACACAAUGCCAGAAUCACGUCGAGGAUCCUAUGCAUCCUAUGCUGGUGAUCUCUUAGAGGUUGUGGUCAAACCUAAAAAAUAUUACAAAGUUGGCCACGUCGGUGAGGACGAUCCCAAUCGGGAUAAGAUCUAUGUUCAUCAAGGUGAAAAAUGGCGCAUUUGGAAGAAUGUCUUUGUUAUAUCAUUGGCCAUGAUGGUCCAAUAUGUAGCUUAUCAGGGCACUCUCAAUUUGCAAUCGUCUUUGAAUGCUGAACAAGGUUUGGGCACUAUUUCCUUAUCUUGCAUUUACCUAUCCAUGGGCAUAUCCUGCAUGGUUUUACCCACCCUAAUGAUUCGUUAUGUUACCUGUAAAUGGACAUUGGUCAUUUGUAUGACAUGCUUUCUACCCUAUAUAGGCUUUCAAUUGCAUUCGAGAUUCUAUACAUUACUUCCGUCUGGAAUUCUAUUGGGAAUUGCUGCGGCUCCAAUGUGGGCAGCUCAGGCCACUUAUUUAACUCAAAUCGGCCAGAUAUAUUCGAUAAUAACUGAUUCGGAAUUGGAUGCUGUUAUCACAUUGUUUUUUGGCAUAUUUUUCUUUGCCUGGCAAAACGCUGAUACACUUGGAAAUUUAUUAUCCAGUUUAGGUAAGUAUCUUGCCUCUCGAUUGCACUAACGAGAAGUGAUCUUU